CAGCGGAGGUAGCGGCGGCGGCGCCUGCUGCCCGUUUCCUGCUGGCCUGGCGGCGGCUGGUGCCGCUGCUGCAGCACUGGGCGGGCGGGAGAAUGCGGCGCCGGUCUCGGCUGAUGCUCUGCUUCGCUUUCCUCUGGGUGCUGGGCAUCGCCUACUACAUGUACUCGGGAGGCAGCGCCGCGCUCGCCGGAGGCGGCAGGAAGGAUGACCCAAAUAACGUUAAUGCAUUAAACAACAAAGAACAACGCAGCAAUAAUGGGAACGAAAAAUUGCAAAACAUCGAGACCCUACCUCCAGGGAAAGUUAGGUGGCAAGAUUUUGACCAGGAAGCUUAUGUUGGAGUCACCAUGGUCAAAGCUGGCCAAGACCCGUAUGCCCGUAAUAAGUUUAAUCAAGUGGAAAGUGAUAAGCUGCGCAUGGACAGAAGUGUACCAGAUACUAGACAUGAUCAGUGUCAACGGAAGCAGUGGCGGAUAGACUUGCCAGCUACCAGUGUGGUAAUCACCUUUCACAAUGAGGCACGAUCGGCUUUGCUUCGAACAGUUGUCAGUGUUCUCAAGAAAAGCCCGUCACAUCUUAUCAAGGAAAUCAUACUUGUAGAUGACUACAGUAAUGAUGCUGAGGAUGGUGCGCUCCUUGGUAAAAUUGAGAAAGUGCGGAUACUUCGAAAUGAUCGCCGGGAAGGUUUGAUGCGCUCUCGUGUCCGAGGGGCAGAUGCAGCACAGGCGAAAGUACUGACGUUCUUGGAUAGUCAUUGUGAAUGCAAUGAGCACUGGCUGGAGCCUCUUCUAGAGAGAGUAGCUGAGGACAAGACCCGAGUUGUGUCUCCUAUAAUUGAUGUGAUUAAUAUGGACAACUUCCAGUAUGUGGGAGCAUCAGCUGAUUUAAAAGGAGGCUUCGACUGGAAUUUGGUAUUCAAGUGGGAUUACAUGACACCUGAGCAAAGAAGAGCACGGCAAGGAAACCCAGUUGCUCCCAUAAAAACACCAAUGAUAGCUGGUGGACUCUUUGUGAUGGACAAAUUUUAUUUUGAAGAGCUGGGAAAAUAUGAUAUGAUGAUGGAUGUAUGGGGUGGAGAAAAUCUAGAGAUUUCAUUCCGUGUUUGGCAGUGCGGAGGGAGCCUAGAAAUAAUUCCAUGCAGCAGAGUUGGCCACGUGUUCCGAAAACAACACCCUUAUACCUUCCCAGGAGGAAGUGGUACUGUUUUUGCAAGAAAUACACGUAGAGCAGCAGAAGUCUGGAUGGAUGAAUACAAAAAUUUCUAUUAUGCAGCAGUGCCUUCAGCCAGAAAUGUACCUUAUGGCAAUAUUCAAAGCCGAAUGGAGUUGAGAAGGAGACUUAACUGCAAACCAUUCAAAUGGUAUCUUGAAAAUGUGUACCCUGAGCUAAGGGUACCUGAUCACCAAGAUAUAGCUUUUGGGGCCUUGCAGCAAGGAACCAAUUGCCUUGACACUUUAGGCCAUUUUGCAGAUGGCGUCGUUGGUGUUUAUGAAUGUCAUAAUGCCGGGGGAAACCAGGAAUGGGCCUUAACAAAGGACAAGUCAGUGAAACAUAUGGAUUUGUGCCUUACUGUUGUAGACCGAGCUCCUGGCUCACUCAUAAAACUUCAGGGCUGUAGAGAAAAUGAUGGUAGACAGAAAUGGGAACAAAUUGAAAGCAACGCGAAACUGAGGCACGUGGGCAGUAACCUCUGCUUAGACAGCCGAAAUGCCAAAAACGGUGGUCUGACGGUUGAAGUCUGCAACCCCUCGCUGUCGCAGCAGUGGAAGUUCACACUGAACCUGCAGCAAUAGUAGGGCUUGCUCAGGAGGACUGUUCCCCUUUCCGAAACCUUGGGCAACAUUUUGAUUGCAUUACUGAUACUUUAUAUACCUCAGUAUUCCAUCUUUGUCUGAAAGUAGGCGACAAGUGAACAAAAGGGAAGCAAGUGAACUGGGGACCGUGCCAUUGCCUGGUCAGACGUAGCUGCUGCACGACUCGCUCCCUUCCACCGCAAAGGCUCACCAGUUCCUUUCCGGCAUCAAGCUAAAUCCUUCCACAGCAGAUGACUAAGAUUCCUAGGAAAAACAGAUGUACAGUAGUAGGAAACUGCUUUCAACACACAGAAGAGGGGGAGGGUGGGAGGGAGGGAGGGACUGAUGGGGAGGGACGCAAAUUGUUUGGAGAAGAUCAUUGGCAGUCUCCAUUUUACAUAGAAAUCAGUGUUCGUUGUUUCCAGAAAUCAAAGCAUUUUGAAGGUUUUUGCCAUGUGUACUUGGUAUAUUUCACCAUGGACUUUUCUAUGACAGAACUCUUAAAUAUAAACAUUAUAUAUGUUUAUAUAUAAAUAUAUAUAUAAAAUAUAUAUUGUCAAAAUUUUCAACUUUCUAUCGAUUUUUCAUCAUCCUGUAAUUUAUCCAAAAAACAAAACAAACAGAACAAAGAAAAGCAAUUUAACACUUUUCUGGGAAGUGGACUGGACAGUUGGUAGAAGAACAAAACUUUGUGAAGAUGCAGGUUUGUGCUGCUGAGUUGUGUUCAUGCAAACACUGGAUGUUUCUGCUUUGUGAAGUGUGCCUAUUUUUUAUUUUAUUUUUUGCGCUUCCUCCUCCUGGGAAAUGUCGGACCUCUGCAGAGGAGGGUGAUCAAAUGGCAGAAAGGAGCUCGCACGCUUCAUCUCACCAGCAUUGUCACCUCCAGUUGGGGAAUUCAUGCCAUGUGCUCUGGAUAUCUAUAAACUUGGUAUUUGUAUUGGGCAAUUUGGGGCUACUUAAAAAAAAAUUAGUUUGGCCUUCUUAAAAUAAUGCAGCUAGGAGGGUUUGGUCUUCAGGUUGUGUUCUUAUCAAUAUGUGCUUCUUUUUCUCCUUUUAAAAAGUUGUCUGACAGCACAAGAUCACAAUAGCCUUCUCGUGGAAGCAUGGGCAGCUACCUACUAAAUAUCAACAUUUCAGCUGUUAUGCCUCUGCUUUUGGGGGGCGGGAGUUAUCAUGGUCUGGGUUUUUUCUUUACACCUGUGUCCUGUUUUAAACUGGUGUUUCAAACUUGGCUUGAGGAAAAUGUUCUGGAUACAUUGAAGGAGCCAUUUCAAUCCAACUGCUGUUUUUAUAUCAACGUAAUGUCUGGGGUUACUCUGACGUCUUUGCCUGUAAACCCCACCCCCCCUUCUUAAAAACACAGCUUAUAUAAGUUUUUAACGGUGCCCUCUGGUGAUUACAAAGGACAAAGACAAAUUAUUAUGCAAUCAUGUUUUGACAGUGUUCUCUUCCAGCUACAUAGGUCUUAAAGACUUUUCCAUAAACUGUAUUUUCCCUUAUAGCUGCAGUAUUUGCCACAAAAUGACACAAAGGCUUUGAAAUUUGCAGUACCGGUUUAAAACAGGCUGAUGAACUGUUAUAUGACAUGCUUGUGAUCUCUGCAGGUAGUAUUCACAGAUGUCAUAUGAAUUCUACAUGGUUUGAAUCCACAUUGCUUUUUCCUUGAAUGUGGAUUUGUGCAUAUAAUCCUCUUCCAGACCAAAUUUCCUUCUCCCACACUGCAAGUUCCCAUGUAUAUCCUAUUUACAUACGACCUUGGCAACAAAGAGAGAAACUUUGGACUCGAGUUUUUCAAGAUUCGCUUUAUUUUCAGCCACCCAACACUUGACAUGAAAAAUAUUAGCGAAGAUGAAGGUGGUGAUAUUUUAAUAUUUGAGGGACUAUGCAUUCAACUCACAACUAUACAGCCAACUGGUUAUGAUCCAGCGCUUCUGGGAAAAGAACUUAAUGAAGGGGAGCUAAAAUAUUAACAUUUUUUUCCUUGUGAUUUAAAAGCUAGUAGGCAAACCAGCUGCUGUUUUUUGAAAUAAUAGGAGUUUGCUGCCUUGACUGUUAACCUAACCAGAGUUGCUAGUAAGUUUUAUUAAUAAUAUCUCCCCACUCCAGAAACUCUAAUGUCUAUGUAUUAUAAAAUGAGAAUAUGUUCUUAAAAUUCUAGAGAUCCUACGCAGACAGUAUCUCCAUGCUGAGACCGCAAAUUGUGGGUGAUGGAUGAGAAUGGAAAUAUGGUAAUGUGGUGUUCGCUAUGUUUACAUGACACAGUGUGCCAAAGUUAUUUACUGUGACUUCAUCCUUUUUUAAAGUCUAUGAAUUUCUGGUGCUAUGCACCAACGACUGCUGCUGCACAGAUCCUCUGUCAGUGGGGUGUACUAAGGGGCACUGUGUGAAAACCUUUGACAUGAACGGAGGGUGUGCAGUUGCAGCCAGUGGCAGAUAUUGACCUUGGGUAUCAGAAGUAGCCAACAUCUCUCCCCCACCCCCACCCCUCUUCCUUUUAUAAUAAAUCACUAGGAGACUUGGAAACAAAUUGCAAUGCUAUCUCUGUGCUAACCUUAUCUGAGUGUCUUCAAAGCAAAAAUGAUGGGGGUACAUGUGAAUUUUGUUUUGCAAAUCAGAUGUCAUUUGGAAACUGUCGUUUCAGUUGGUUCUUUAAAAUCUGCUGUACAGAGCUUGUACUUUGUUCAUUUUAUAGAUGGAAACCAUCCUUGAAAAAAAAAACCUGUUUGUUUAACUUAAGGAAAUAAAUACUUUAUAGAUAAGAUA